GUUAAGGUGAGACAAUGGAAGUGAUAAAUGCGGAUCAACAAUAAGUGACGACAACAUUGAACGUAUGAGCGUUGUGACUUAAUACAACUUGAAAUAGUAUAUAAAUAUACCAUAUUUUGCUAAAUAUUAUUUAUCAAUGUUUUCCUUGCAGAAUAAUAAUCAGGUGUUGUUUCACCUUACACAGUUAAUGUCAGCUGCCCUUAACCCAAGACGACCUUGUUCACCCCUAGUUUCAGGGACAAAAUCAACUCGCUCACAGAACGGAACUGGCCAACAGAAUGAGGGAGAUUUUGAUAUUUUGUGUUCACAUAGUCUAAAUACAGCCCUAGACAAUUGCAGUGAACUUAUUUUGAAACAUUUACCAAAAAUUAAAGCUGGAUUUGCAGAUAGGUUGGCAUCGUGGCUCUUCUGGAACCAGCUGACAAAUAGACCACUAUUGAAAACUAAAUUAACCUUACCAUGGCAAGUGACUUACACUUCAUCUGAAUCAUUUUUUGAAAAUAAGAAUGGCUUUCCUCAAGAGCAGCCUACAUGUUCCAGGUCUCCAACAGUCGUCAGUUUUUCAGAUACAUUUGCCAGAAGACUGUUGCACAGUAUGCAUGUCAGACGACCAUUUUUGUUUGAUAUCCAUGCACGUGGUUUUAAGACGGACCGCAGCAUCGCAGGAGAACAGUUACGAAACCCGACAGUAGGUACUCGUCUACGUGAGGCACUUGGCCUUUCAUUUGUAGGCAACAUUCCAGGAGGACAGCAAGGGAUAAGUAGUGGCAAUAUGGAAAAACUUGGUACUAUCCAUCAGCCUGAUGUGGAAGCAGAGAGGAUAAAAGUUCUGAUGACAGAUGAAACAUUGAGCAAAGAAGAACAGCAGCGAGUGAAAGUGGCGUUUGCAGAGGGCUAUCUGGCGGGAUCUGGUCAGAAGACACCGGGACGGACGAUGAAGUGGCUGAAGAUCAUUCAGCAGCUACUGACCAUUGUGAUCUUCUUGGCGAUAUUCAUAUCAUUUAUGGCUAGUGCAAGUGGCUCUAUGUUCCGCAUCCAGCUCGGCAGCCAGGUCGAGGUAGACCCAGAAGAAAUUCAUGUCACAUUUGAUGACGUAAAGGGCGUAGAUGAGGCAAAACAGGAGUUGAAGGAUGUUGUUGAGUUCCUCAAGAAUCCAGAGAAAUUCUCUACGCUGGGCGGCAAACUACCCAAGGGCGUGUUACUGGUCGGACCUCCGGGAACGGGAAAGACGCUCCUUGCCCGGGCAGUUGCUGGAGAAGCUGGUGUUCCCUUCUUCCAUGCAGCCGGGCCAGAAUUUGAUGAGAUUCUGGUGGGGCAGGGCGCCAGGAGAGUACGAGACCUGUUCAAGGCUGCAAAGGACAGAGCUCCAUGUGUCAUUUUCAUUGAUGAGAUCGAUUCAGUCGGAGCGAAACGAACUAACUCAGUGUUACAUCCAUAUGCUAACCAAACCAUCAACCAGCUUUUGUCAGAAAUGGACGGCUUCCAUCAGAAUGAGGGUGUGAUCGUUCUCGGAGCAACAAAUCGGAGAGAUGAUCUGGAUAAAGCCCUGCUCAGGCCAGGGAGAUUUGACGUGGAGGUGACUGUUCCUACACCUGACUUUGUAGGCCGCAAAGAAAUCUUGGACCUGUACUUGGGACGAGUUGUCAGUAAGAAUGUGGACGUCGAGAUACUGGCACGAGGGACGACUGGUUUCACGGGUGCCGAUCUCGAGAACAUGGUGAACCAGGCGGCUCUGCGGGCAGCCAUUGAUGGUGCUGACUCGGUUACCAUGAAAUACCUCGAGAACGCCCGCGACAAAGUUCUGAUGGGACCUGAAAGAAAAGCAAGAAUCCCAGAUGAAGAAGCAAAUGUUAUUACCGCAUACCAUGAGGGAGGCCAUGCCAUUGUGGCAUAUUACACAAAGGACUCUCAUCCCCUUCAUAAAGUUACCAUAAUACCACGAGGUCCUUCAUUAGGACACACAGCUUACUUACCUGAGAAGGAGCGCUACCACGUGACCAAAUCUCAGUUGCUGGCAAUGAUGGACACUAUGAUGGGUGGACGGGCAGCUGAGGAACUGGUGUUUGGUCCAGACAAAAUCACAUCUGGAGCUUCCAGUGAUCUAAAGCAAGCCACGUCGAUUGCUGUGCGCAUGGUCAAGGACUGGGGAAUGUCGGAAAAAGUGGGGCUGCGGACGCAUGAUGGAAAUAACUCGGGUUACGUUACGGUGAAUGAACUCAGUCCCAGCACAAAUGACCAGAUUGACUCAGAAAUCAAAAGGAUAAUGACGGAAUCUUAUGAUCGAGCAAAGAACAUCCUCAAAACACAUCAGCGAGAGCACAAGAUGCUGGCCGAAGCGCUGCUGAAACAUGAGACACUAAAUGCAGAAGACAUCAGGUUGAUCAUGGCAGGCAAAGAGGCCCCAGAGAAGACACAUCCAGUAUGACUGUGA